AUGACUUCCACACUUCCGAUUUCUCAAAAGCGAGGAAGACGACAAACUGGAUGUUGCACUAUGUUUGAGGUAGUUGCCAAGAUGGAGGCUGGGCACAGCAACCCACUUUCUGCUGAUGUGUUUGUGGCUUUGCACAACGCUAAUGAUCGAUGUGAAUAUCACAAGUGUAACUGUUUUUGUCUGUCACUUCACACGACCAUCAGACUCCAUCCCAGUCCCUUGCACAAUGAGGUUGAGUAA